CUGAGAGGCAUUGACGUCAUCAAGUUCAUGGACACCUUCCUCCUGGACAAGGACUACAUGAUCAUCGUGGCCGUGAGUCCCGGCUACCGGAGGGACGUGGAGGGCUCGGUGGGAAGUCUGGACACCGACGACCACAGCCUGCACACACGCUACAUCUUCAGACAGCUUCAGAACCAGUUCAUUCAGCAGGGAUGCCUCAACUUUCGAGUCAUCCCAGUGCUCAUGCCUCCAGCCUCCAAGGACGACGUGCCGUCGUGGCUGCAGAGCACGCUGUGCUUCCGCUGGCCGCGGGACUUGGAGGGCAUCCUCCUGCGUCUCAUGCGAGAGGAGAAGAUCGUGCCGCCCCUGGGAGAGCUUCCCACCAUCACCAUGGUUCCCGUGUGA